AUGACUUCCAAAGGAAAGGGAGGAGAAGUAGGAAGGAAUUCGAAAGAAAUCUGGGUUUACGUAGGUGGACCAGAUAGCAGAAAACCCAUUGAUGCUCCACUAGUAGCCUGGGAAGAUAGAAAAGCACCUCUCAGAACAGUCACAACACUGACCCAAACAAAACCCGGAAACAUACCAGUUGACAUUCCUAAAGAAGUCAUCGAAAAAGAAGUCAUCCUGGCAGGAGUAUUAACUCUUGUAGACAAAGAAGACCCAGAACUGACACCAGGACCAAGCAACCCAAGAUGUCUGGACCCAAACCCGGACCCAAUACCAGGUACAAGGACAGCAAAUACAAACAACGAAAUGUCGUCAGAUAAAGGAAACAAACUGAAGGACUUUGAUGGAACCAGGUCCAAAUACCAAGAAUGGAUCUACGAGUACUAUAUGUACAUCCUGGCCAACCCAACCAAGUACACUACGGACAUGGAUAAGAUCCUAAUGGUACUAUCAUACAUGAGGGAGGGAACGGCAUUGUUGAUGGGAAAAUGCUCAGCAGACGAAUUUGUCACAGACUACCUCAUGACCGCUGGAGAAAGCGGAUUUGAUCUAGAAUCAACUGUCAACUACUUCCGCCGAGCCAUAUACCUGGAGAUCUUUAAACAAAUUUACAGACUUCCAGAAAUGCCAACCACGAUAGAUGACUGGUGGAGAGAACUCCAAAGCAUAAAAAGCUCUGUCCCCACCACAAUGCCCCGUCAUAACAACCCCUUCUGCUAUGAUUUUUCCAACGCCCCCACUUCUAUGAAUAACUCAGUCGUACCCAUGGCCAUAGAUUCUAUUCACACUCCCCUCACUGACGACGAACGAGCCAGGCUGCGCGCAGAGGGUGGGGUUUCAUCUAGGGUACAUGAAGGGGGAACUAGACAUGUUCAACAGGGUAGUAGAGAAGUAGGGUACCGCCCAGCUCAAACCGGCAGAGCAUUGGCCGGCAGAGGAGGAGGCUAUGGCAGAGCGCUCCCGGCAAGAGCUCAGAUUAGUGGCGAGACAGCAACUUCGGGCAAAAGUAGAAGCGUGGUGAUGACUAACCUAUUCUGGGCUAGACUUGCAGUGCACUAA